UGUAAAAGUUAACCUGUGAAUAUUGAUUACAUUUUCUAAAAAAUGUUCCGGAUUUGCCAACAAAAAAUUUAUUUACAGAAUAAAUCAAUAUUCAGAAAUGAUUUCUACAAAGACUUUGUUAAACCAAACUCCAAAGUUAUCAGUAUUUGUCAGAAAACUAUAGCAAGACACUAUGCUAACAAAGAAAAGCUGGAAAACAAAUUUGAAAAGAUAUAUUAUGGGCCCUUGACACCACAAAUAAGGGCUGUUAAAAUAUUUUCCGUGAGUUCCAGUGCAGCUGGAUUGGCAGCGCAACCGUUAAUAUUAAACGAAGCCGCCAAUAUAGGCAGUACAUCAUUGAUCAUAGCGCUAUGCUCUGUAGUCGGCUUCUUUACAUUUGUGACACCGAUAUUAUUACACCUUAUCACAAAGAAAUAUGUGACUGAAAUCCACUAUGACCCUGAAACCUCCACAUACAAGGCAACUACAAUCAAUUUUUUUCUGUCACCAGUUGUAUUGGAAUUCAAAGCAGAUGAAGUAGACGUACCUGACAUCCCUGGAAUGUUCACAACAAUGAAUGCAAAAGGCAAACCUCUGUUCAUAGAGGCUAGGCAUUUUACUGACCCCCUGUACUAUGCAAAGAUUAUGGGUUAUGACAAACCUUUGGACUUCAAACUAGGUGAAGAUCAAAGUAGUGAUAAUAAAAGUAGUUAAAUAUGUUAUUUAUGAUUUAGUGCUAGUGUUUAAUAAAAAAUAAAAUUUAA